CUAAUGCAUAUUUCAGUUGUCUAUCGUACAACCGGAUAAAAUCAAGCAACAUAAGCGGCAAAACAGCGCGGCGAGCUUACCAGUUGAGGAUAAGACUCCACACAAAAAUAAGAGCCAGCUACUGAAGCGCACUCACCAGCUACAUUGAAGCAACAGUCGGCGUCAAAUUAUUUGCGUCAAAGUCCCAGCCUUCAUUUUCUCAGCCAGCCUAUUUGAACAAUCUGACUUUCUCGUAUUUGAAUAGUAAAUUCAGCAUUUUUGCCAACUUCUGAAUUUGAAUUACAGUUUCAGAUUCGAUAGCAUUUCUGUCAUUGCCAUUUACCAUCAAAAAUACCAUUAUUUGUGAGUUUCUACCAAAAACAGGAGGAGAAUGACUUAUCAAUUGGGCUACUGGAAUAUUCGAGGGUUCAUUGAACCAAUUCAUCUAGUCAUGGAGUAUCUAGGAUUGCCUUACGAGACCAAAAGGUACGAAUAUGACGCAAUGAACGAAUGGUUCGAAGAGGACAAGCCGAAACUAGGAGCUGAUUUUCCAAACAUCCCCUACCUUAAAAACGGAGACUUCGUCUUGUGUCAAUCUGUGGCAAUUUUGAAGUACCUCGGACGCAAGGGCGGUCUCUAUCCGGCACUCGAAUCCCCAGAGGAAAUGGCGCAACUGGAGGCCCUGAUUGACACCGUUUUGGAUGUUAGAAUGGGCUUCGCCUUCCUGUGUUAUGGUGAUGGUUUCGAGACUAAGAAGAUCGACUUCAUGGACAGAGUUCCGAAGAAGUUAGGUAAGAACUAUCUGUUUUUCCAGCUAGCUGCAUGACAGUGCAAACAUCCG